AUGUACGCGAAGACGUAUCCUUCUCUGACUCCAGUGGCUGACCCUGCUGCUCGGCAACGCUUGCAGCAUUCCACUGCGCCACCAGUUCUCGCUGGAUCGCCGAUUAAAGAGAAGUUGCUCAUUUGCGCCAUCACAGAACGGCAGUUGAGAGAGAUUGAGGCUCAGCGUGGAGGAUUGACUCGUCGCGAAGUGCUGGCAGCAAGUAUUCGCGAGAACGCGAUAUUGAACGAACACGCUGCAGCUGAGUACCCGACGACGUUUGCUGCUGUUGUCACUCCUGGAGUGAACCUGCAGCCGCAGAAGUAA